UAACACGACAUUUUUCCGCCGAUUCCUGCAACAGAUGGCAGUCGACGGGCGAGAUCUAUAAAGGCCGCAUGUCACGCCUGAGCCAGCACAAACGUUAGCCACGCGCACUUACCUGAGUCUCCGUGCUUCACUAGUGACUCAGACGCUCUCGGGGAUGAAGCACGCGAUAAGCUGCAACGUGGUGGUGGUCGUGCUGCUGCUGGUGGCGACGGCGACAGGCAGGAACAUUGAGGAGCGGUCCAUUAGCGGGGCCUCGGGCGGGGCGUUCAACAUGGUGGGGCGGUACUGCGACAGCCGCAGCAUUUGCGGCUGGGAGAUCUACGGUGACUUGAGGAGACACAUCUACUACCUCCGCAACCAGUGUGAGUGUCCGCCCACCACCCGCUGCGUCAGGGUGGAGGAUGACGUGCUGCAGGAGGCGUACAUCUACAGGUGCCGCAGAAUCAUUUCCUCGCCUUACGUGUGAAGAUGCGUGGACGAUCGAAGGCGGUGAGGAGAGGUGGGGAUCGACCUGGUAUGGGGAAAGGCAGGUUGCAGCCGCGGGGAAUAAAGAGAACGCCUGUUUAAGUCCAUAGAUUGCGCUUUUGACGUAAACUCGCCUUUUUUUUUUUUUUUUUUUUUCUUUUCUCUUUCACCCCCCUUUCAAUGGUGUCACUUCAUCGCUUUAAUGAAUAAAAUGUUUAGUGUGAGUUUUGUAAGUAGCUCCCAUUCUUCGAGCUGCUCCUUCGCCCUGAUGUGGAGUAAUAAGUAACGAGUACAUGCUUUUCUCUGGUAAGCUCUGGAACUACCUGCCUGCUUCUGUAUUUCCAGCUUCCUACGACUUGAUUUUUUUUUUUUUUUUAAGGGAGGUUUCAAGACAUUUAUCCCUGACUUUUUGGCUAAUUCUUCUUAUCUUUGAGGGAACUGGCAAUCAAGUGGGCCUUUUUUAUUUAUUUAUUUUUUGUUGCCCUUGGCCAGUUUCCCCUCUUGCAUAAAAAAAAGGUGUGUUCUGUUACUUUCAUCACGACUUGCGUUCAGCAGCUGUGUGCGGGAAUUCAUUGGAUGUUCUUAGUGCUUUUUUUUGUGCGUGUGAACAAUUUAUAGGUACGAUAUUUUUACCGCUAUAUUUUCGCGAAGAGAAAAAUUAUAACGAAAUUCUCUAUACAUUUGAUUUAUGUAGAAGAGAGAUUUUGAUAUGUCCUUCUUUGGCUUUCAUGUUUUGUCAAGAUGAUUUUAGGUUUAUCUUUUUAGUUUGUCUUAAUAGUGGAGAGAGAGAGAGAGAGAGAGAGAGAGAGAGAGAGAGAGAGAGAGACUACUGCCACGUCCUCACUCUCUCCUUUUUCGUGGAUAUUGUGAGACAUGUCUUCCUUGAUUUUCUUCGUUAGUGGAGUGAUGUCUUCAUUGGGUUUUCAUAUUUCUAGUUCCUCCAUUCAGUUUUUGGUACUGGGACAUCUUCACAUUAACGUUCAUGUAAGUCAACAUCAUUACAGGUAACUAUAACUAUGCUUCAUCGUCGUAUAGAAAAUUGUCAUAUCUGUCCGUUGCUAACUCUUACUAUUAUUUUUUUUUCUUUUAUUCUUGUACUUAACACUUUUACAUACUAUUGUGAUUCAUUAAUUGCUUACUAUUUUUUUUUUUUUUUUUAAUGAUGUGAAGUUCUUAUAAUCGCUAUAUGGUCACCUGUAACAUGGACAAGCCGAAAGAUAAUAUUAUGUCUCUCCAUAAUAACCAAAUUGUGAGCUAAGAAAAAAAAAAAAUGUGAGAGAGAGAGAGAGAGAGAGAGAGAGAGAGAGAGAGAGAGAGAGAAAGAAAUCUCUACCUACAUUACAUACAACAAUGCAGCAAUUUAAGGUUAGGCUACAGCACGCUUAGCUCCACUAAUUUCUUUAAUCUAUCUUAUUUCCGAGUUUGAUUCAGUCUACCUAAAUAAAUGUAAUCUCCAUUCAUCCAUGAGUUUCAUAAAAUUUACUUUGAAGUUAAUCAUAACACCUUGACUUUUCUUUGAUCAAAAUGAAGCGAUUUUUUUUUUUUUUUUUUUUCAGUUGCUUUAAUCACUAGUAUGCUAUAAAGGUAGUGGCUGCUCUUCGAGUUAUUUUCGCUACAGUAUACAUGUAAAUAGCCAGUGGAGUCGUGGCUUGGAGUGGAUACUGUUGAUCUAAAGGAAAAUAGAGACGUUUCCUUUGUUGUGUGGUGUCAUGGUAAGCAACAAAGCAAGCGUCGUGGUGUCAAAAAGGUACAGCGACAGGCUCCUUCACUCCACAAUGCACUGUACUCUGCUGUUAAUAAUGAACACCUAAUAAAGAAUAUGAUUAUC